UUGAAUAUUUCUACAGGUUUCCAUUGAUACACACACACACAUAUAUAUAUAUAUAUCUCAAAUGUUUACAACUUGCUAUAUAAAGUCCUUCCCACUUACAAGUGAAGCCUGCUGGAUUCUGUAAUUGGGUUUUUCCCAGUAUUUAAAAUCAUUCUCAACUUUCCUUCACUAUUUUAUUCACUUGCUUUCAACUUUCCUCCAUCUCCUUAUCCCUGUCACUGCACAACACAUCUCAUAUAUACAACCCUAAAGUCCCUCCUCUCUCCUCAGCUCCCCCAUACCUCUGUUUUCUCUGUUUCUCAUCACAUUAUUUCCAGUCUGUGUUCUGCACCCACUUCCCCAUCUUUCAAUAGAACUGUGUGUGUUUGUGUGUGGUUUAAGAAAAAGUCUGGGUGGCCAUGGAUGUUGACAUGCUAAAAUCAUCAUCAUCAUCAUCAUCAGCAGGUGAUGAUCACCAUCAUCACAUGGACAUGAUGACAAUGAUGAUGCAAAUGCAAAUGCACAAGCAGCAGUCUUCUGAUCACUUCUGUGACUCUUACCACAACAGCAGCAACCCCACAUUUCCAGAGAUAGAUUUCACUUGGGGAUCAAACUCAAACAUCACCAACAACAUUGAAACAAUCUCAUCUCUCCCCAUUUUCCACAACCCGAAUGCAGUUUCUUCACAACAUUCACAGCCCACGUUGAUAAACCCUGCCUUGCCUUCCUCUGUUUCUUUCAUGGGAAACCAAAUUCAGGAGCCCCUCACCCCAAGGCUCAUCAAAACUAGCCCUCCUCCUACUUCAUAUGAGAAGAGAAACUCCAUGGCUGCAAUGAGAGAGAUGAUUUUCAGAAUUGCGGCAAUGCAGCCAAUUCAAAUAGACCCCGAAUCGGUGAAGCCCCCGAAGAGGAGGAAUGUUAAGAUUUCUAAAGAUCCACAGAGCGUGGCAGCGAGGCACAGGAGGGAAAGGAUAAGCGAGAAGAUUAGAAUUCUGCAGAGACUUGUUCCUGGCGGGACUAAAAUGGACACAGCUUCUAUGCUAGAUGAAGCUAUACAUUAUGUGAAGUUUUUGAAGAAACAAGUGCAGACUUUGGAGAGGGCUGGGGCAGAUAGACCGAUUGGUGUUGGCUUCCAGGGGGCUGGUCAAUUGGGCAAUGUGAACUAUUCUGCUUUGUUGAGGCCUUCUCACUUGGUUGGGUCUAUGCAGAUGCUGAGAUGAUGAGAGAUUUGCUUUGAAAUAUCAUGUAUUGUUGUACGUUUGAUCGAUUAUUCUGAGGGGCAUGUAAAGAAGUUGUUAAUCUGUACUUGUUACUUGUUGAUUCUUAAUGUUAUUUUGAAGAAAAUUUAUGAUGUAUGCAUGCUUUCAGAAAUUGCAUCAAGUCAUGUAUUGGAAAAUAGUAUAUCCAUGCAAACACUAUUUACAUUGCCCAAAUAUCCCAACCAACUUCAAGUGCAAAAAUAUUUGUUAAAAAGAAAAAAAAAAUUAC